AUGGAAUUAACACGUGAACAUUUUCGUGCGAUCAUUUUUCACAAGUUUCGACGUGAAUUAUCACUGCAAGAGUGCAUUGAUGAAUUUAAAUCUUUCUUUGGCGAUGAAGCACCAUCCCAUAACACUGUGAAAAACUGGUUUAAUGAAUUUAAUCGUGGCCGACGCUCGCUCAACGACGAAUUCCGUGAAGCUCGUCCAAAAACGUCCGUUGUGCCAGAGAACGUUGAUGCUGUGCGCGAACUGAUAAUGCAAGAAGAGACCAGCAUACAUUCGAUAUUGCAUAUACACCUGGCCGUAAAAAAG